GUUGAGGAACAGCACCUUCAAAAACAUGCAGCGCCGGCACACAACGCUGAGGGAGAAGGGCCGUCGCCAGGCCAUCCGAGGUCCCGCCUACAUGUUCAACGAGAAGGGCACCAGUCUGACGCCCGAGGAGGAGCGCUUCCUGGACUCGGCUGAGUAUGGCAACAUCCCGGUGGUCCGGAAAAUGCUGGAGGAGUCCAAGACCCUUAACUUCAACUGUGUGGACUACAUGGGGCAGAACGCUCUGCAGCUGGCCGUGGGCAACGAGCACCUAGAGGUCACGGAGCUGCUGCUGAAGAAGGAGAACCUGGCACGGGUGGGGGACGCGCUGCUGCUGGCCAUCAGCAAGGGCUAUGUGCGCAUCGUGGAGGCCAUCCUCAACCACCCGGCCUUCGCGCAGGGCCAGCGCCUGACGCUCAGCCCGCUGGAACAGGAGCUGCGCGACGACGACUUCUAUGCCUACGACGAGGACGGCACGCGCUUCUCCCACGACAUCACGCCCAUCAUCCUGGCGGCGCACUGCCAAGAGUAUGAGAUCGUGCACAUCCUGCUGCUCAAGGGCGCCCGCAUCGAGCGGCCCCACGACUACUUCUGCAAGUGCAAUGAGUGCACCGAGAAACAGCGGAAAGACUCCUUCAGCCACUCGCGCUCGCGCAUGAACGCCUACAAAGGACUGGCGAGUGCUGCCUACUUGUCCCUGUCCAGCGAAGACCCUGUCCUCACCGCCCUGGAGCUCAGCAACGAGUUAGCCAGACUAGCCAACAUUGAGACUGAAUUUAAGAACGAUUACAGGAAGUUAUCUAUGCAAUGCAAGGAUUUUGUAGUGGGCGUGCUGGACCUGUGCCGAGACACAGAAGAGGUGGAAGCAAUUUUAAACGGUGAUGUGAACUUCCAAGUCUGGUCCGACCACCACCGUCCAAGUCUGAGCCGGAUCAAACUCGCCAUUAAAUAUGAAGUCAAGAAGCUAGGACGAACCCUGAGGAGCCCUUUCAUGAAGUUUGUAGCUCAUGCAGUUUCUUUUACAAUCUUCUUGGGAUUAUUAGUUGUGAAUGCAUCUGACCGAUUUGAAGGUGUUAAAACCCUGCCCAACGAAACCUUCACGGACUACCCAAAACAAAUCUUCAGAGUGAAAACCACACAGUUCUCCUGGACAGAAAUGCUCAUUAUGAAGUGGGUCUUAGGAAUGAUUUGGUCCGAAUGCAAGGAAAUCUGGGAGGAGGGGCCACGGGAGUACGUGCUGCACUUGUGGAACCUGCUAGAUUUCGGGAUGCUGUCCAUCUUCGUGGCCUCCUUCACAGCACGCUUCAUGGCCUUCCUGAAGGCCACGGAGGCACAGCUGUACGUGGACCAGCACGUGCAGGACGACACGCUGCAGAAUGUCUCGCUUCCGCCGGAAGUGGCAUACUUCACCUACGCCAGGGACAAGUGGUGGCCUUCAGACCCUCAGAUCAUAUCGGAAGGGCUCUACGCGAUAGCCGUCGUGCUGAGCUUCUCUCGCAUUGCAUACAUCCUGCCAGCCAACGAGAGUUUUGGGCCCCUGCAGAUCUCGCUAGGGAGAACUGUGAAAGAUAUCUUCAAGUUCAUGGUCAUUUUCAUCAUGGUAUUUGUGGCCUUCAUGAUUGGGAUGUUCAACCUGUACUCUUACUACCGAGGUGCCAAAUACAACCCAGCGUUUACAACGGUUGAAGAAAGUUUUAAAACUUUGUUUUGGUCCAUAUUCGGCUUAUCUGAAGUAAUCUCAGUGGUGCUGAAAUACGACCACAAAUUCAUCGAGAACAUUGGCUACGUUCUCUAUGGCGUUUAUAAUGUCACCAUGGUGGUAGUGUUGCUCAACAUGCUAAUAGCCAUGAUCAACAACUCCUAUCAGGAAAUUGAGGAGGAUGCAGAUGUGGAAUGGAAGUUCGCCCGAGCAAAACUCUGGCUGUCUUACUUUGAUGAAGGAAGAACGCUACCUGCUCCUUUUAAUCUAGUGCCAAGUCCUAAAUCAUUUUAUUAUCUCAUAAUGAGAAUCAAGAUGUGCCUCAUAAAACUCUGCAAAUCUAAGGCCAAAAGCUGUGAAAAUGACCUUGAAAUGGGCAUGCUGAAUUCCAAAUUCAAGAAGACUCGCUACCAGGCUGGCAUGAGGAAUUCUGAAAAUCUGACAGCAAAUAACACUUUGAGCAAGCCCACCAGAUACCAGAAAAUCAUGAAACGGCUCAUAAAAAGAUACGUCCUGAAAGCCCAGGUGGACAGAGAAAAUGACGAAGUCAAUGAAGGCGAGCUGAAGGAAAUCAAGCAAGAUAUCUCCAGCCUGCGCUAUGAGCUUCUUGAGGAAAAAUCUCAAGCUACUGGUGAGCUGGCAGACCUGAUUCAACAACUCAGCGAGAAGUUUGGAAAGAACUUAAACAAAGACCACCUGAGGGUGAACAAGGGCAAAGACAUUUAGCAGCCCACAUCGGCGUCUGUGACUUCUACCAGCAUUCCAAGGCCAGGUUGGAUGCCCUCGCCCCCAUCCUUGGUGGGGAGGGGUCCCCAGCCCACUCCUCUAGGACACGAAGGGGAUCUCCUGGCUCAGUCUCUUGCAGCAUGACUGACAUCUCCAGCCCGCUGGCCUGCCUAGACCCAGAACUGCUGUGAAUCUAGGUGGUUGGGUAAGAAAAGCUACCAUGGGAGGAGGGGAGGAACAGCCCCCUGACGAGUGUGAGACCUUUGGUCCAGCCACAGUGAAACCCAUCCCUGUGGCCAGAGCAGGAAAAGGCCAUCUUGGGUGCACACCUGUGCCCUCCCACUGCAGGUGGGACUGCAGCUCUGGCUGUGUCCUGGGAAGACAAACACCUCAACCCACAAACUCCUUCUCACUCCCUCCCUGCCACCCCCAACACAUCCAAACAGAACCAGGAGGUGACCUGUGAUCUAUUCUUAAGUGCCAGAUGAGAACACAGCCUAAUAGCAAAAUAGUUCUAUUUGUUUAUAUAAAAAAAAAGUUUAAAAAUCCUAAAUUGAAAACUGUACUGUAGGUAGCACUGUUUAGAAAACAACAACAAAAUCCAAAUGAUGUAUUUUUACCUUUAUUAAGAUUAUCUUGUAUUUACUAUUUUUACCUAAAAUGGAAAGAAAUAAAAUUACCUCAUAAUAA